AUGGAGAGAGUGAUUAAGAUUUCAGAAGCUUAUGAGGCUCCGUACCUUCCUCUCCAGGACUUGGACAAUUCUAGCUUCAAUCAGCUGGGACACGAGCAAAAGCUCAAUCGCAGCCUUGGCGUUCUAUCGAAUUUCGCCGUGUCAUUCUCAAUCAUAUCGGUGCUCGGCGGUUUGACGACAACGUUCAGUACAGGUCUAACGUUCGGUGGGACGGUGACGAUAAUCUAUGGAUUUCCAAUUGCAGGCUUCUUCACCCUCAUCGUAGGUCUGGCCAUGGCCGAGAUCUGCUCUGCCUAUCCAACCUCCGGUGGGCUUUACUACUGGAGCGGAAAGCUCAGCGGCAGCGAGUGGGGCCCUUUCGCUUCUUGGGUUACUGGCUGGUACGCUUCUCUACAACUUGAUCCUACAAUCUCACUGCAACCCUUUCAAUCUAUUAGCUGUUAG